CAGAAACGCUCUCCUCGACGGUUAAAAACUUUCCCGCCACUGUAACUGUCGCCGAACAUCAACCACCAUAACAAACGGUAGUUCUCUGAUCGCUUACGGUCGCAUCUACACCGAAAGCAUCUCCGAUCACCCGAUCAUUGCCAUCACCGCCGUUUCUCUCCCGUGCGAUGAACUUACAGCAGCCUGAUUCGCUGACAGACUGAUCGUACAUGACAAGCACACUGCAGAGGAUCAUAGAUUUUUUCAGUGGCUGUGGCGGCUGUAACAAACGUAACAGAAAUGAAAGGCAAGAUAUAUUGAACAUGAAUCAGGAUACAGCUUGUGCUCCCAUGCCACCUCAAGGGGUCCGAUUGCAUAUUCAAGACCGUUAUGUGGUGAUGGAUAAUGGCAUAUGUCAAGUCACAUUAUCAAAGCCUGGGGGCAUUGUUACUGGUAUACGGUAUAAUGGCAUAGACAAUUUGCUUGAGGUUCGAAACAAGGAAACUAAUAGAGGGUACUGGGACCUGCACUGGAAUGAAAUAGGAGGGAAGGGAAUAUUUGAUGUAAUUCAAGGGACGAGUUUUAGUGUCAUAGUGGAAAAUGAGGAACAAGUUGAGCUCUCGUUCACAAGAGCUUGGGAUCCCUCUCUCGAGGGCAAGUACAUUCCCCUAAAUAUUGAUAAAAGGUUUAUAAUGCUUCGUGGUUCAUCAGGCUUCUACUCCUAUGCCAUUUAUGAGCAUUUCAAGGAAUGGCCUGGUUUUGAGCUUGGAGAAACCAGAAUUACUUUCAAGCUCAGAAAAGAGAAGUUUCAAUACAUGGCCAUAGCAGAUAACAGGCAAAGAUACAUGCCCUUCCCUGAUGACCGAUCAACUGGAAGAUGCCAACCUUUGGCUUAUCCGGAAGCAGUUCUUUUUGUCAAUCCCAUGGAUCAGAGGCUAACAGGAGAGGUGGAUGACAAGUACCAGUAUUCAUGUGAGAACAAAGAUCUUCGGGUCCAUGGUUGGAUCUGCUUUGACCCACCUGUGGGGUUCUGGCAAAUCACACCUAGUGAUGAGUUCAGAUCUGGUGGACCCCUUAAACAGAAUUUAACCUCACAUGUAGGACCCACCACUCUGGCUAUGUUUCUUAGUGCACAUUAUGCUGGGAAAUACAUGGUUCCACGAUUUGAAGCUGGUGAACCAUGGAAGAAAGUUUUUGGCCCUGUUUUCAUCUAUCUUAAUUCUGCAGCUCACGGAUAUGACCCACUUUGGCUGUGGGAGGAUGCUAAAAUCAAGAUGAUGGUUGAAGUUCAAAGCUGGCCAUAUAGUUUCCCUGCUUCAGAGGAUUUUCUAAAUACAGAACAACGGGGCAAUGUUAAUGGUAGACUUUUAGUCCAAGACAGAUAUAUCAGCAAUGACUAUCUAACAGCAAGUGGGGCAUACGUUGGCUUGGCCCCUCGAGGAAACGCAGGAUCAUGGCAAAUGGAAAGCAAGAACUACCAAUUCUGGACCAAGGCAGAUCAGAAUGGCUUUUUCUCCAUUAGAAAUAUACGCCCUGGUGAUUAUAAUCUUUAUGCAUGGGUCCCUGGGUUUAUUGGAGAUUAUCGGAAUGAAGUUGUCAUUACCAUAAGCUCAGGUUGUAACAUUGAAAUGGGUGAUAUCAUAUAUGAACCUCCAAGAGAUGGACCAACAUUGUGGGAAAUAGGCAUCCCUGAUCGCUCUGCUGCAGAGUUUCAUGUUCCAGAUCCUGAUCCAAAGUAUAUCAAUAGACUUUUUGUUAACCAUCCUGACAGGUUUAGGCAGUACGGGUUGUGGGAGAGAUAUGCAGAAUUAUAUCCUGAUGGAGACUUGGUUUACACAAUUGGUGCUAGUGACUAUAGGAAAGAUUGGUUCUUUGCGCAGGUUGUCAGGAAGACGAGUGAUAAUUCAUAUCAAGGAACUACAUGGCAAAUCAAGUUCAAACUCGAUAAUGUGGAUCAGAGUGGUACCUACAAAUUGCGAGUGGCACUUGCAUCUGCUACUCUAGCUGAAUUGCAGGUUCGGGUUAACGAUCCAAAUACAAAUCGUCCGUUAUUUACAACUGGACUGAUAGGGAGGGACAAUGCAAUAGCAAGACAUGGAAUUCAUGGGAUCUACAUGCUGUACAAUGUGGACAUACCAGGUACUCGGCUUGUUAAAGGGGAUAACACCAUCUUCUUGAAACAACCAAGAUGCAAUGGCCCUUUCCAAGGAUUCAUGUAUGACUACAUUCGUUUAGAAGGUCCCCCAACAUCAUGUUAACUGCACUGAUAGGUAUAACUAUGUACUUUUAAGGACACCCUAACAUGAAGGUGUAUUUUGAAUUUCAAUGGGCUAUACCAAGUAAAUUAAAUAAUUGAAAUCA